UGAACAUCUUCCACAUGCAGUCUCGCCGCUCUCCGGCCCCUUGCUUCCCAAUGCAUUGUGGGAAGUGUUUAUGUAAACCCAACAUGGCAGCGGCCUGCUUGAGAACGUUUGGACAGGUUAGCCGGCUCGUUGUUCGGAUCCGGAACGUUCGAACCAGCGCCGUUGCGGCCCUGAUCCCAGCAGUUUAUAUGCAAGGAACCGGCCGGCUCCACGAUACAAGCGGGUCGGGGCUCAGGACCAAAAUCUUCUCGGCUGCGCCAAGAGGGGGCGGGGGUAGUGCCACAGCAUUUGCUUUCGCGGUGGGAGGUGGAUUCGGAUUGUACCAAAUAAUUAAAUUCUACUUUCAGCACCAUUAUGCCGAGGAAUGUUUAGAUCACACAUUCGACACCGAACUGAAGUUGACGCUCUACCAGUACAAAACUUGCCCAUCCUGUAGCGUAGUGAGAGCGUUCCUGGAAUACCACGGGUUCGAUUACGAAAUUGUGGAAGUCAACCCGAUCUCGCGCCAGGAAAUCGAGUGGUCGACGUACAGAAAUGUACCCAUCCUGGUGGUAGACGGAUCCGAGGCGGUGCAAUUGAACGAUGCGUCUCUAAUUAUCAGUACUCUGAAGACAUACUUAAUUAACAAGAACAAGACUAUCUCCGAUACACUGAUUUACUACCCCGAAUACAAAACGACAAACUCGCUGGGUAACGAGGUGACGGAAUAUUGCAACAAAUACUGGGUUAUGCUGAACGAAAUCAAGGUGGAGGACGUGUACCCGUGCAAGACCACCAGGAAGGAGGAGGUGAGGUGGCGGAUGUGGGCUGAUGAUUGGCUGGUACCCCUCAUCUCCCCGAACAUGUUCCGGAGCCCUGCGGAAGCUCUCGCCUCCUGCGACAACAUUGUGCGCCUGGGAAACUUUGGCCCCAUCGACGGCUUCAUCGCCAGGUACCUGGGGGCCGUCGCUAUGUUCUUCUUCUCCAAGUUCCUCAAGUUCAGACACCGGCUGCAGGACGAUGUGAGGGAGGACUUGUACAAGGCCCUAAACGAGUGGGUGACCGCCAUCGGCAGGAAGAGGAAGUUCAUGGGCGGGCCGCACCCCAACCUUGCUGACCUGGCUGUGUACGGGGUGCUGAGAGUGAUGGAGGGUCUGAAGUCAUUUGACGACAUUAUGGAAAACACCAAGGUGAAGGCCUGGUACCAGCGUGUAGAGAAGGCCAUUCAGCAGCAGCAAGGGCGGAGCCAGCGUUCACAGAGGCCUAGGCCAAUUACGGAGCGCUUCCACCCCUGAUGUGAAAUACACGGAACCAAUCAGCACCCACUCAACCAAAUCUGACAGCGCUGAAGCGACGCACAUUGGUCCUGUUUUUGUUGUUAUUUUUGUUGUUGUCAGGAAACAUUGUUUUAUUGUGUACCACUGUUGAUAAAGAAGACCAAAAAACAGCUGUAUGAUAUAAACAACACAGGUAAUGAGCAGUAUUGUAUGCUCAAAAACUGGGGCAAUUAUAUUCUUUUGUACAAAUACACUUAGAUAUAUAAAAAAAUAUUAUCAAGUAAUCUUUUUCUGGAAAAGAUAGGUGUCAAAAUGAUUGGCAACCCUGCUUUCAGUACUUUGUGCACCCUCCCUUUGCAAAGAUAACACUACUAAGUGGUCUUCUGUAGUGUUUAAUGAGAUUAGUGAUCAUGUUUGGGGGGGGGGGGGGGCGGUUACUGGUCCUCCAUGGGAUUCCCAGGUUUUGGAGCGACCUGUGCUGCUUAUUUUAUAAUGUUUUUGGUCAUCUUUAGCAAGGGUACCUACAUUUUUGGAGGGCUUUGCAUUUGUGUGUUGGGAUGUUGCUUUCCCUUUAUCUUCUAUUUUGCCAGGAAGUGGUGUAGCCCUGUAAAACUGGCUGAGUUGGGUCACUUUAUUAACGACACUUUAUUAACAAAUCACGGUUGUGCAAAUGUGUGGUCUGUUAUGCCAUUUGAGACCAUUCUAUUCUUUUUUUUCCUCUGUGACCUUACAGGACGUUACUGUUUCAUUAAUUAUUCCUCUCGGCUGUUUUACAGUGUUAAUCAUGACUGAAUUUGUGACCUGCUUUGGGGAAGCGAAAAUAUUAUUCUCCUCUUCUCCCCCUCCCAUUGACAGAGUACCCAAGAUCUCAUUUUAGAGCGAGGCUCUUUGAACCCUAAAAGUUGGCAGAGCAGUCAUGUGCCUUUUAAGUUAUAUUAUUUUUUGUACUUAUUUAACCAGGAACACUUUAGUGAGAUCAGAUUAAAAUCACUUGCAAGAGUGACAUGGAAAGACAGUGGCAGGACUUUAAAAUGUCCGCAAACCCAGACCACGUGGUUACAAUAAAAAGCAGAAGCAUCGCAAGCGUUACAGUUUUACAGAGCAGAUCUAAAAAGCAUUCGCAUUUUGUUAUUAAACGUUUUUAAAAAUCAGAUGAGGUGGGAAAGUUAGGGGUUUUUGUUUGAGAUUUAGAGGCCCUGGAGCAUGUUCUCUGAAUGCUGUCCUUUCAUUCCAGUUCUUGGCCUGGAUAGUGAAAGGCACAGCACUGAUUGUGAUAGAAGGUCUGUAGAUCAUUUGGAGGGAACUCGGGUGGAUUGGAUGAAUUCAGUCAGAUGUUUUAUUUUAUUUAACCUUUUUUUAACCAGGAAGUCUCAUUGAGAUAAAAGUAUUUUUUUCAAGAGGGACAUGGCAAAGAUGGCAGCUGUACAUAAAUAAAGUAAAGGUUUAUGACAUGUUAAUGUUGAGGAUGGAAACAGAGCCAGGCAUUAAAUGCCAUAAAUGUCUGGUUUAACUCAACCAGUCAUAUUUAUUUGCAAACUGAGAGCUGAAGCCAAGGACAAUAGGCCUUGAUAUUUGAUUCAGUCUUUGACUGACAGCAUGUUAUGUUAUUAUGUAGCUUAUUAUGUAGCUUAUAAGACCACCGUCUCUGGUAACUUUCAGAAUGACCUAUAAAGCCUGCUGUUCUGGCUUAUGUCCACCAGAUGGUACUGAAGACUAACAUUGCAGCUGUUCUUAAAUAAAAGUGAAAUGUUAAGGAAAAAAGCUUAUACAUAGUCAUGUUGACACCUUCCCCCAAUCCGCUGACACUUGUAGAAAUACAGCGGUGGGCUUGGCGUGUAUUAAUGUACAGUUGAGCACUGCUAUACUUUUACUGAAUUCUGCAGUUCAACUUACCAGUUUAUAGCUUGCUUUGUUCCAUUUGGUCACCUGCCAUUGAAGAAAAUAGUCUUAUGCCUGUUUGUUUAUUGCUUUUUUGUACUUUGCAUAUACGUUUUGCACAGUCUCAUUUAGUGUUAGUGUAGUAAGGGGUUAUUUUUUGUCACCGAUAUACUGAAACCUGUAACCAAGAAGCUGUGUAUAGUAUGGGGUUCACUUCUUGGUCAUCCGUGUUAUGCUGUCAGACUCGGACCUCUUACAGUGCUGCAGUCUUCUGUGCUUUUCUGUACUCAAAUAUGAAAUGGUGCUUUUUUUCAUUUUUUGUGUGGAUUGGGGGGGGGGGGGAGUUACCUCUGAUGCCCCACUUGUGUCUUUCUACCUCCAGACCUUUGUGGUUCAACAAUGAAGUUAGUUUAUAAAUGGACAUUGCUUCUUCUGAAGGAGAUCUGGAUGGACAUCAACCUGACAUGCUGCAGACAGUCUCUCCAUCUGUUUGUCUGUCUGUCUAGUUUUUCUUCUGGCCGUGGUCCUUGGAGCAGCACAGGGUGCAGAGUUGGGUGUGUGCAAAACCACUAUGGAGAGGUUGUUGUGAAGCAAACCAAGAUGGCCUGUGUGUCAGAACAGUGUUCUCCGGAAGAUGGCACUUAAAUGGCCCUUAUAUUAUUGCAAAUUAUUAGUAAGGACAUUUUUAUCAUUCACAUUGAAAAACAAAGGAAAUUGCUCAAUAAAGUGAUUAAACACUAUCAGCCCA